CGAAUCGACAGGGAUUAAACUCUGAAAUUAGGCUUGUUAGCUUGUUGUAAACCAGGGUAUUGUUGGACCUAUAGCCAGAUGGUGCGACUCUGAAACUGAAAAGUUAUCGUGAUUGUAGAAACACCCCGGGAACUGUGCAGCAUUUGAUGAAAACAUUUCCCCUAAGGUUCGAUGUUGUUCCUUCUCAGGCAUCCCACGGAAUGACAGCUGAAGCCAUUGGUACCGCCUUUUACCAUGUGGAACAGCCAAUCACAGCUCGCCAAAAUCCCUGCUCGGAGCCGCUGAGUUCUUGUGCGCAGGCGCAAGUCAGUUGGUAAGUACCUCACUUCUCAUAAGCUCACAGGAGUGUGAAGAUGGCGGUAGGCUUCGGCCCGCUGGGUGAGCCUUUAGUGCAUACAGAGGUGAAUAAAGCGGUAAUUUACCAUAAUGUGCAGCCUGUAGAGUCACAACUGUUGUUCUUGUGUAAAAACAACCACUCCAGUAGGCACGAGAAAGCCGGUAAUUACAUGGCUAUAGUUCCGGGACAAGCGGGUAGAGCGAGCUAAUGUCCAGCUGGGACUUGGUCCAGACGGCUGCUGAAGCAGGUACGCUGUAACUACUAAUAUUACUUUCCUCUUUGUCUCUCCGAGUAAACACGAAAAGCAGACAGCUGAGGGGGAACUGCAGUUAAUGUAUAACAGUCUUGCCCCAUCACAUGAUUGUUUGUGGUACUUCUGAACAAGUUGAAGUGCAGGGGGUCUCAUUAUAACGAGGUCCCCAUGGUUCAACUAUGGAUGCAUCGACGGCCAGCAAGGACCACACCACUGGACACGACCCUGGCAAAACACUUGUUGUUAGUGGCGGUGUAACUUCUCUCCCUAAUGCCCGGGGGAAAAUAGGCUCAUACUCGGUUCAGACUUUAAAUGGGAACCAAACUAUGAACUCGCACAAUUCAGGAAGCGCUGCCCCUCUUAGAGGGGCGACAAUGACGGGUGGCACUGGUAGCAACAUAUCUGCUAUGAACAGUGGACCAGUGAUGUCAAAAGGACUGACCGGUGCGUUAAUGCCCCCUUCGUCAAACAGUGUAAUUCAGACGCCCCUGAUGAACUCGCAGAGUGUUGUCGCUUCACCUCAGCCUGUAAGCCAAGCAACAGGAGCCACUGUGGCACUCGUCAGGCCGCCUAUGCAAACUGUGGGAUCGGGAACAAUGAAUGGAAACAAUAACGCGAGCCCUGCUGUGGUUGCCAAUGCAACAGGUCAGACAGGUAACAACAUACACAUCCCGCUUGUAAACAAUAGUCAGCCGCCUGUCAACGCGGGGUCGCACAUAAUCAAGGCAGAGCCCCCAACAACUCUAGUACAGUCUGCACCGCAGCCCGCUGUCACUCCCGGAGCCGUCAGCGCUCCCCGGGCUCCGGUGACGGUAGCUGGCUCUCCAGCCGGGAUCCGAGCCCUGUCGCCUCAGAUGUUGGCCCCAAGGCUCCCCCAGACGUCCCCGGGACAGCCAAGUAUAGGCCUACACAACAUCCAGCUCCCCCCGGGAAUGAUGCUUGUGCGCAGUGAGAGUGGACAGCUGCUGAUGAUUCCUCAGCAGGCUCUAGCCCAGAUGCAGGCACAGGCCCAGGCCCAGGCUCAGGCUCAGGCUCAGGCUCAGGCACAGGCACAGGCACAGGGAGGCAUGGCACCUCGCACUGUGACACCAACAAGCGUGCCUCCUGGCCAGGCUCCUGGAAACGCCAUUAUUAACAGACAAGUGGCUCCUAGCACCAUCAUGCGUCAGGGCUGUCCAACUCCUACGUCACUUGCUGCGACCACUACUCUUCACAGACCUCCUAUUCUUCAGAGCUCGGUCGGGGCUGCAGUACCGGGAAUGACCCCCAGGACUGUCAGCCAAACAGCUGGGACCACAAUUACCUCAGUAACAGUGAGCAAAGAGACAAUCGAGAAUGUGAAGAAAUGCAAGAACUUUCUGUCUACAUUGAUCAAGCUGGCAUCCACAGGGAAGCAUUCAGAAGAGACUGCAGCCAGUGUGAGAGAGCUGGUCAAGGACCUGCUGGAGGGGAGACUGGAAGCUGAAGAAUUCACUAGCCGUUUAUACAAAGAGCUAAACUCCUCACCCCAACCUUACCUUGUGCCUUUCCUUAAGAGAAGCCUCCCAGCACUGAGGCAGCUCACCCCAGACUCGACAGCCUUCAUCCAGCAGAGUCAGCUCCCCCAGCCCACCUCAGCUCCAGCCUCGUCCACUUCACCCACUCCUAACACUGUGGUCCUGGGCAGCCCAGCCCCUCGCCUCGCUGUCCCAGUCAGCAGGCCUCAGCUCGAGCCAGGGGUCAACAAACCAGGACAGACCCCCUCAAUGGUAAACUCAGUUCUCCAGCCUCAGCAGCAGAGAGCCAUGCUGAGACCUCAGGUAACCUUGCCAACGACCCCCAUGGUGACUGUCAGGAAUCAGGCCCCUGGACGCAUCAUCGUGGGACAGCAACAGGUCCAGCUCAAAGGGCUGCAACCAGUACCUGUGAGACCGGAUGGGCCCCCUGUUUGUAAACAAGCCUGCUCUGCAGCAUUGACCCUGGCUCAAAAGAACAAACUGAGAGAAGCAGGUGGAACUUUCAAAGAUGAAGAUGACAUUAACGACGUGGCCUCCAUGGCUGGAGUGAACCUAUCAGAGGAAAGUGCUAAUAUCCUAGCAACCAAUUCUGGACUAGUGGGAGCUGUGACACAUUCCUGUAAGGAUGAGGCUUUUCUCUCUUGUGCCGUGUUACAGAGGAGAAUGCUGGAGAUUGGCAGGAGGUAUGGCUUGACAGAUCUUGGUGCUGAGGUGGUGAACUUUGUCUCCCACGCUACUCAGCAGCGGCUCCAGAACCUGCUGGAAAAAGUUUCCCAAGUGGCCCAGCAGAAAAACGUCCAUUUCAAGGAGGACAACAAUUAUGAGCAGAGCAGUGAUGUUCGCACUCAGCUAAAGUUCUUUGAGCAGCUGGACCAGUUAGAGAAACAACGGAAGGAGGAGCAGGAGCGAGAGAUCCUGCUUAAGGCAGCUAAGUCUCGGGCUCGGCAAGAAGACCCAGAGCAGCUGCGUCUGAAGCAGAAGGCGAAGGAGAUGCAGCAGCAGGAGCUGGCUCAGAUGAGACAGAGGGAGGCCAACCUGACGGCACUGGCAGCCAUCGGUCCAAGAAAGAAGAGGAAGAUCCUGGACUCUCCAUCCUCCUCUUCUGCAGCUGAGGGAUCAGGAUCAGGUCCUUCUGUGCCUGGCGCGGCCGGUUCAUCAGGCUCCAGACCAACACGGCAGCGCAUCACACGUGUCAAUCUCAGGGACCUGCUCUUCUGCUUGGAAAACGAGAGAUUUACCAGUCGUUCCCAUUUCCUCUACAAGGGCUUCCUGAAAUAGGCUUGAUGUCAGAGAGGAGAGGAGGAGGAGACGAGGGGAAAGUGUGUGGAGAGACCAGCCACUCCCACCACAGAGAGUGCUAAAAGACUCUUCAAAAUGAAGAGGAGGAAGGCAGAAACUUGGCACAUUUCGAGGUCUUUUGGAUAUACAUGAUAACCUGAAAUACUGUAGUAGCCAUAAUAGAUGGCCUCUCUACCUCUCUUCUCAAAUAAUGCUCAUCUUUCUUUUCAGAGCAGUCUUGGACUGAUCCUUUUAUUUUCUCUGUACACCUUCUUUUUCAAGAAAGUGUAUGAACACAUAACAUGUUUUCUGAGGAUGAUUUUUUUGUAUGAACAAAUGACCUAUUGUACAAUUAUGCACUGUCACACAGUACAGUUUAUUUUCUGACUCUUUGUGUGCAUUAGGUUUUUAAAGCAAUCGACAAAUAUAUUCUAACUUGUUUGAGUCCACAAACUUUUUUAACCAACUAAUGCUUUUAUUUCUUGUUCUGUCAACUGAAUACGUUUGAGCUUCAAACUGUGUUACCUACUGAGUUGCCUUCCUAACUAUGAAUAAGCCAUAUAGCCAUCCCCAAGCAAUGAACCCUUCUGUAACUCCUGAAGCAGUCUCUCCCUCUCUGUCAUCUCCAUUACUCGAUUUGAUUUGUUUUUCAGCAUAUUUAUUUACUUAACUCAAGCUCAAAUGAAUGUUUAGUUAUUUAUUUCAUUUCAUGUGACACCUCAGUUGUUUUGUGUUGCUAACAUUCAAAACACGUGUGCAUUACAAAUGUGUUUGAAAUAGUUUGUUGGUUGUAGAGGUUUGGGUGCACGGAUAUAGGUAUGCACUUUGGUUUUGUUUUUUUUAAUCAGUUAAUUGUUCUCCCACUUAGUUUGACAUGAAUUGAUUUCUAAAACUUCAGAAAGCGUUUAACCUUUAUUGCUAUACCAAACAUACACCUCCUGGAUACUGAUUUCUAUUUUUGUAGCUUCCCACCAACAAAUUUUUACUCUUUUAAUAAUGACUGACAGUGUCCUCUGACUUGAGAAACUGGAGUUUCUUCCUGUAUAUUUGUAAAUGUUACACCUAAAGUUUUACACCGUUUUGUAUAGAAUUGAGAAUCUAUCAAUAUAGCAUAAAGAAGAAAGGCAUUUUCUCUAUUAAAAGUUUUGAAAUACUGA